CCGUUUCCGCCCUCUGCCAGCCCCACCUCUGCCGGCCCGCCCUCGCUCCCCGCCGCGCGGAGAGCGAGUCCGGUAACCCCCACACUGGCAGGCCCGGAGCGGGAGCCCCCCACAAGCUGCAGCCGAGCGCCUCGAUGCCGGAGCAGAGCAGGGUUCCAAGCCUGAGGAAAACAUAACCCUUGCCUGCCUGCCCGCUUCACUCUGCUGGCCCUGCUAGUCUCUCGGGGUCUGAGACACUGACCUUUGCUGCUCAGCUAAAGGGUUCUGAAGACUCGACUCGCUCUAGACCCGUCCUGCUGAGUGAACCCAGAGUGUUGUUACCUCUGAAGGGAGUGAGGAGUGGGCGGUCCAGGCACCAGAGCAAGAGCCCUGUGGGGCCCCAGGCAGAGGAGUGAAACUGGAACCAUCAGGGAACAUGAGUGAAUUUUGGCACAAACUGGGCUGCUGUGUGGUAGAGAAACCCCAGCCGAAGAAGAAGAGGAGACGGAUUGACCGGACCAUGAUUGGGGAACCAAUGAAUUUUGUCCACCUGACUCACAUUGGCUCUGGGGAGAUGGGGGCUGGAGAUGGACUUGCCAUGACAGGUGCGGUUCAGGAGCAGAUGAGAUCCAAAGGAAACCGAGACAGGCCAUGGAGCAAUUCUAGGGGCUUGUAGCUCCAAUAGGAAUGAUUCUGCUGUUUGAAGUCUCCACUCUGUACCCAGCCUAGAAGAGAUGCUGCCCCCACCAGAUCCCUCCUUGAACCAGUGCCCCCAGGGCCCGUCUUUUCCUUAUCUGCCUGUUAGUGCUUCAGAAGGCUUGGGGGCUGGACUCCCUCUACUCCCUCUGGCUAUAGCCCCUCCUGGAGAUGGGGUCAAGGCAGCAGGACUGACCAAGUGACUACUGGUUGGCCAGAGGUGCUCAGCUGAAGCCCUGGACACUCUCAGAUCUGAAAUAGGAGUUUCUGGAAACCUGGAAUGGGGUCCCUUCUCCUGAAUGACGGUCUGGGUGCCACCUGUUUUUAAACUGUUAACCUGGAACUCCUUAAAUGGUAGGUGGGUGAGGAUACGAAGCUGAAGCUGGCUUUCUUGAGAAGCUCCCUACCUCCCUGCCCUUCUCCUUCCUCCUGGAAUGAACUGAAGCAGAUGUCAAGCAAGGGCUGAGUUGGUGACCACUGCCUAGCCUACUCUAAAUCUCAGACCUUAAGCUCACAAGCUCUUCAGUAUCUCUCUUGCCAAUGCCAUCAUCUUUCUCUAGUUAGGCCUCUCCUCUAACCCUGUUCUAUAGCAUUGCUAGCUCCUCAAUAUCUUUCCUUUUUUUUUUAAAUUAAAAUUUUAAUUUAAUAUGAGUUCUCUUAAUUAUCCCCACCCUGCUAUUACCUCUGUCCUUAACCCCAGCCCUGUUAGGAACCUUAUUGUUUCCCAUUGAAUAAGAGUUAAGGUAAGAGAUGGAUCUUAACCUGAUCAUAUUCCAAUUUAGUCCUGAGGACCCGGCCUGCACUCUGCCAACCUCCCUGCUGGCCCAGGUGGGAGGGGUCUGGAGAGGUACCCAGAAUGCAGCAAAACUAGGAGUUAUGUCUCAGGGUGGACUUCCUUCCUGACCAUUGAGGAUGAAAGGUGAUUGAAAACAAGGAUCUGUGAGUUUAGGAAUCUUAAGAUCCACACAACCUGGGAGCAGAGAGACCCACAGAACAAGGUUUCUCAAUCUAGACAUGACAUUUUGCACUGGGUAAUUCUUAGUAGUGGGGGACUGUCCUGUGCAUCAUAGCAUUUUUAGCAGUAUCACAGGCCCACCCUAAGUAUGAUAACCAAAAAUGUCCCCAGUCAUUGCCAAGUGCCUCCUAGGGAGCAAAAGCACCCCAGGUUGGGAGCCACUGCUCUAGAGUCAACAUAUUUUUCUCUUAAGUGACUUCUCUCUCCCUCCCCAAACCCCAUCCCAUUGUUCAUCCUAAAUCUGAGACUUGAUGAACUAGACCCUCUGUAAAGUAGGCUCAAUAGGGCUGCACAUAAUCUCCAAACAAUUCUGUAUUCAUUAUGUGGCUUGUGUUUGCAGGGGUUGUCCUGUGAUGGACAUGUACUAUGCUUCUGCCUUCUUGCUCUUUGGAGGGGUUCGUGCAGCAGUGGGAUUGGGGGAGAGAAAAGCAGUAGAACCAUAGACACCCCAGCACUCUCCUCCCCAAAUUUUAAGCUCUAUUUCUGUCCUCUAGUCCUGGAAUCAGACACAAGUAAAACUCAGGGAGUUUUGUCUGAAGAACAGGUCCCACUCCCCCAUCUGGCUGAAGAGUCUGCUUUAGGUGGGAAAGUAAUGGAGGAGCAAGGUCUUUAGGCACUUUCUGUUUUCUCAGGUGUUUUUUGUUCUGGCCCCUUCCUUGCCUGGAGAUUAGGAAGGCAGAACAGAGUAGAUGAGCUCCUGACUGCUCUGUGUCCAGAAGGCAGGAGUCUCAGUAGCUCAGUAAUAGGAAGCAUCCUGUUUGAUGGUAGUGGGGGGUCAGGAAUGUGGGAACAGAGGAUCCACUCUACUGAUUCCACCAUCCACACAGUGUACCCCCAUCUACAGUGGCUGAGGUUCUGAUUUUUUCAAGUUUCAUGUAUUUCCUGAAGUUUUUCAGGGUCUAAGAGUGCUCAUAGAGAUACAUUCCCAGUUUACUCUGUUCCAGUCUAGCUAGUUGCUCUUGAAAGUAGCUCAUCUUGUUGCCCUAAGUAGCUCAAUAGCAUGAGGGUUUUUACUAGAUCUAAACAAGAUAGGGUAGAAAGAUGGGGCCUCCUGGAAUCUCUCGUCACCCUGAUUUUUAACCUUAUUCUUAUGCCAAUUCUUUGGACACAAUCUUCUCUUCGGUGCUCUCUCUCCUUCAGCUGCCUUCUCCAAUGUGUAUGCUACCAUCACUUUAACAAUAUUUAGGGUGAUGGGAAUGGGUUUGAGAGUCAUAAUUUAUACUGAAAAUUUGUUGGAUUUCUAAAUACAUUUUUUCAAAUAAAAAGUUUAAGCAAAA